UAGUUGUAGUUUCGCUUCGCUGCCAGCAAGCCGCAGCAGCAUCAAACGUCCAACGCGUACCUUACCCGUGAACGAAAAGAUUAUUUCUUAAGAGCUUCCAAAAUAAACAAGUCGUGAACAUUGGGUGAUUGGAGGGACGGAGAAAAACAGGUGUGAAAAUCGAAAACCCUUUUGCAAUGAGAUGAAGCAAGGGCAAAAGCGAAAAAGAAAACCAUCGGUCGAGAAUGUAAAACAGUUAACCCCGUUUCGGUGUGAAAAAGUGAUCACGGUCAGCCUUUGAUACCUUCGCUGGCUGGGUGGCGCGAGCUGGACGAAAAAAAGCAAAGAAAGAACAAACAUAAAACCGUCCCCGAGUGACCGAAAAUUCCUCCCGGCUGACCGUGAAACAGUGUCAAGAGUGAAAUCUUUCGCUCCCCAUCCCAACUGGAGAAGGUUACCUUGCGCUGGUCGUCCGCAACAAGUGAUCAUCAAUUUGCCGAGACGACUGAUCUUCCGGCUGAUUCCCAUUGGCACACCGAAUUAAUGUGAUCCAGUUUUGUUUCUUUUUUUUAUGGUUUUUUUUUCUGCGUCGCUUCGUAGUGCUAUCCUAGAUUCGACCAUGUGAACCCGCGGUGUGAGCGGAAUGUUUAAGAAAGUGAAAGAAGAAUUUUGAAUAAUAUAAUAAAUUUAUAAAGUUUUGAUGGAAGCAAAAACAAACAACUUGUAGCAGGAAAAAAGAGAAAACGAAAAGAAAAGAGUGAAACAAAUAUAAACGGAACUGAGUGAUCUACUUUGUGCGAUAUAGAAAUUGUUCAAUCAAGAAGCGGCACACACUUAAAGGCAUCUGUAACGAAGUUUUGAUUUAGAAAAGAUUCACCGGUCCUGCAUGUUAUGGAACUGCGCAAAAUGAGUACGGCCAAGCAGCAGCAGCUUCAACAGCGCGAAGAUCGUCGGUACUCGAUGCCACACGGUAUGCACGGUACGCUACCACCCGGAGCAACGGAUGAUCUUCACGCAUGGUCCAUUUAUCGCCAAAACCUCAACUCGGACUUUGCCGAUUCGGCUCUCGGCUCUUCGGACAAAUCACCGAAACCUUACAACUCUCAGUACCACCAACGAGACACAGCCAUUCUCAACCAUCCACGCUAUGGUCCGAAGCAGAAUCCAAUCAACUCCAACAUGUACACCUACCUCAAGUUUGGUCUGCCGCGUGUUUUCCCCCCGAAUGGUGGCCAACCGAUGGCAAAUGGACGGCCUGGUCGUGCCUCAUCCAAGGCAAAUGGACGUGGCCGUGUGAACCGAGGAUACCGAGACAGCACGGGACCGGGUCCCGGCUCCUCCGGCUAUGACAGUAGCGACAACGAAACAAACCGUGGUCGUGUGCCAGCUAAUCUAAGAAAAUAUCGCAGCGAGUCCGAUUUCCGAGCCAUCGGAGCCACAAACACAUCGCGUCCGAGUUCGCGUGCCCAAGGCAUUCCUCUCGCUGCCCUGAAGCAAGCCAACAGUCGAGCUAGUAUAGCAGGAACACACGUGUACAACCCGUACGCAACUAACCUGCGACAUCACAACCUGCGAUCGCAGAGUGAAGCUGAUCUGUUGGCCGAGUGGGACUACGACGAUUCGCCGACGUACGGUGAGACGCGCCUCUACCCAGAAGAUGCCCUGUACGGUACACAAAGCCGACGGCACUCGCUGGCAGGGCUAGUGUAUCCCAACAUUCAGGUACACUGUCUGGACGUGCUGCCCGGACUACGCGGUGUCUCGCUGCAGGCGAAGGCAGGCGAUCUGUUCGCCAUUAUGGCGACGGCACAGCGCGAAGGAACGGCCUUGGUAGAAGCACUGGCUGGUGUGCGGCAACGUAUGGGAGGUGAGAUCCUGGUAAACGGACAGCAGGUGAACAAGCGCAUCCUGCGUCAACUGUGUGGCUACGUACCUGCGCUAGAUGCUGCUCCGCUUGAUCCACGCAUGAGCGUUCAGAGUACACUCUCGUUUGCGGCCGCCCUGCGUGGUCCGUACGAUCGGGCGGAUCUGAAGGAACGGAUUGACAUACUGGUGGAGGAUCUCGGAUUGACCGCGGUCCGCUCUGCCAACGUGUCCCGCUUGACACACUCGGAAAAGCAAAGACUGAACGUUGCCUGUCAGCUGUUGACUCAGGCUUCCAUCCUACUGCUCGAUCAGACCACCAUCAACAUGGACAUCUUCGACACAUUCUUUCUCGUGGAGUACCUACGCCAAUGGUGCAGUGCCGGUCGUAUCGUUAUCAUGACACUGCAACCACCAACGUUCGAGAUUUUGUCGAUGUGUUCCGGUGUGCUUCUGCUAUCCGGUGGACGUACCGUUUACUCGGGCAGUAGAGCAGAUUUGCCCCGACAUAUGGGACAGCUUGGUUACCCAUGUCCACCGUUUAAGAAUCCCGCCGACUACUAUCUCGAUCUGGUCACACUGGACGAUCUGUCUGCGGCGGCACUGUUAGAGUCGUCGGCACGCAUCGAGUCGCUGGCCAACUCGUGGGAUCACGUAAAUGCUGAGCCACCACUUGCGGCACCCGUUGCCAAUCUACCCGAGCCAACCCGAAGUGCUGGAUUCUUCAGUCAAAUUAACGCACUUGCCAAGAGGUAUAUGUCGUACAAACAACCGGGAUCUUUGCUCACUUGGAUCAGCCGGUUGAUUCUUGCUGCGGUUCUUUCACUGUUUAUCGGUUGCAUUUUCUGGGAUGUGCCGGCUUCAGAUCCUCAGCUGAAUCUGAACGAUCGUCUUGGCUAUCACCAUUGCAUGAUGAUGGUGGCCCUGUGGCCAUUGUUACUUCUUCAGAUACGGGACGUACAGGAGGAUCGUCGACAUGCAGAGAAAGACCUCAAACUAGACCUGUACGGACGGUUCCUGUACAUCAUCAUCCAGAGCGUACUGAGCGUAAUGCCUAGCCUCUGCAUUUGGUUGGCGUAUCUACUUCCCGCACACAGCAUGGCCGGUCUUUACUCGUACACCACCAAUAACGAUACCGGCAUCUAUCUGUAUAUGGGUUACAUGCUACUCUAUCUAAUGGCCAUACAAACGAUAGUGCUCUUCAUUGCCCACCUGAUCCCGUGCGGUGUAACGGCAUCGAUAGUCACCACGCUCGUCCUAUUGCUGAUGGCAGCUGUUGGAGGUUUUGCCGUACAUGUGGCGAACGUUCCCGACUACCUGCAGUGGAUGGAGCUAGUGACACCACAGAAAUGGCUUACACCACUAUUGACCGAGAACGAGUACAGUGCGGAAACGUUGAUGAGCAUCACCAGUCAGCAGCAGUGCCGAAACAAACAGGUUCAGUACACCGAGAUCAUUGUGCAGCAACCGUGUCCACCACCGAAUGGUACGUUCGUACUUGCCGACCAUCAACUAUUACCCCGAGAUCAUGUGCUGGAUGCGAGUGACAUGUACACUUCCACCGUUUUGGGAUUACUUCUUACCUGUAUCGUGUUCUUCGCUCUUACCAUGUUCGUCUUCCUACUCAAUUGCCAGUCGCUACUGCGAACGAAGAACAAGGGUCGUUCCGGGAAACAUGCGUAAGGCAUAGCCUUCCACUGUUUAGUACUAGGCUCAGAAAAGUCGCUGGGACAUAGAGUAAGCGGGCCCGAUGUGGUCAGAUAUCCUGCAUCCGAUCACGUCCUGCAAAGGUGUAAAAGUGCUAGUUAAUUUUAUUUUAUUAUCAUCUUCUUGUUUUUCCUUUCCGUAUGCGAAUUCUUCUACUCCCGGUCAGGUGGUACGUGUAGCUAUCGUCCUUCAAAUGUAUUAUGAUGUUUUCUAUUUUUAGCAAAUUAACAAAGGUAGUAGUUUUUAUUGCCGGUUUAUCGUGCGACCGGUUAAAAAUAGCUUAGUGCAGAGAAACGUUAGCUAAGUAGUGAUCGAUUUUAAAGGUUCUAACAUAUUCCCUACGGUAGAUAACAUGCAGAGGAGAAGAGAGCGUAUUGUAGGAUGGUAUAGAGACACAUAAUGUUUACAAGUACGAACAAUCACGUUAGCCAAUAGAAUGUGCAUAAAUAUGCUGACAUAAGCGUGGCAUUUAGGGCGAUCGCAGUGAGAAGUAGAAUUGAUUCAUUCGUCAAACAAUGAAGCAGAAAUUUGAUGAUUUUUUUUAAUAAAAGACAAUGAUGUAAGAGGGAAUAAAUGUGUAAUUUGUUUAUUGUACAGCUC